ACGCACCCACGGUGCAAUAAUGUCACUUAUGCAUUUUAUGUUAAAAUAAACUGAGUACGCAAAAAGUUGUCUAAAGUCCCUCUGCACUUGGAGCGUUAUUGUCACUUUUGUAGUACGUUUAGUUUCCGUGUGAGGGCAGAAGUGUCUUUAUGGUUUUGGCGCGAAUGCACGGGUCACCGGGAGAAAUAAUGUCUCAUUGGUCAGUUGCGUGCAGCGCCCCGCACGAGCAGGAGUCUCUUGGUGCUAUAACGACACUAAGAUCAACAAUGCUGCCACGUGGUAAAAAACUUGUGCUACUUGCACGAUCAAGUAGCAAUUUAAGUUAUAAUUCUAGAGAGCAAACAGCAUCAAAUGAUACCAUUCCGACCGCACCAGUAAGAACACUACCAGAAGAACAUUACACUGUUAUAAUUCAUCAAAGCAUUACGGAACAUGCACCAGCAACCAGCAGCAGUACUAUUCUGGAUGAGCCACUAGCACUACCUUCACUGCAAAAUGAGACUAUUAUAUCACGCCCAAACUCGCCGUCUAUUUUAGGUGACAAUGAUGUUAUCCAUGAACAGGAAAACCAGCUAAUGGUUAAUUUUUCCGGAACCGAUUCUAGUGACGAGUUUAGGCCUAGUCCUAAUAAGUCUUCAUCCGAUAGCUCCAGUAGUAGUUCCAGUAGUAGUUCCAGUAGUAGUUCCAGUAGCAGUUCCAGUAGUCAAUCGUCCGAUGAUAGUAGUUCUGAUAACAACGAUGUUGAAAAUGAGACCAGCCAUCCACCAAACCUAGCACCUAAACCGAAAGGAAGGAAACGAAUUCGUAAUCCAACAACCUGGAAAAAGAACAUCGCGAAACGAUUAAAAAUUCUGGCCAAGGCUAUACUUCAAUAA